AUGGUCAUGUACAACUAUCUCAUAGUAGGGGCCGGCCCCUCGGGCCUCUGUGCUGCGAAGACCAUUCUCCAGUGCGAACCUCUCGCUAGUGUUAAGAUCCUUGACUCGAACAAAACUAUCGGGGGUGUCUGGGCUGAGGAGAAUCUGUACCCUGGACUCAAGACCAACAAUGUUCGCGGUGGAAUCGACUUUUCGGAUUUCCCCAUGGAUGAUGCUUUUGGCAUCCCCGCCGGCAAACAUCCAACUGGAGAAGCAGUGCACCGCUACCUGAGAGCAUAUGCUGAACGCUCUGGUUUGAUAAAAUUGAUCGACUUUGAGACGAAAGUCCUCGAAGUCUCACGACUCGGGGUCCGCGAAGGCUGGAACCUCAAAGUCAGCAAUGGCUCAGAGCGCCAGGUACAGACGCAGAAGUUGAUCAUUGCGACCGGGGCCACAAACGUGCCUCAUCGGCCGAGGAUCGAGGGUACCGAUGCCUUCAAGGGACCACUCAUGCACUCGGGCGACCUGGGGAAGCAGAGCGAGUCGAUAACGAAGGACCCAUCAGUCGAGACGAUUGCUGUCCUCGGUGGAGGCAAGUCUGCUUACGAUGCAGUUUAUCUGGCAGCAACGGCAGGUCGAAAGGUUGAAUGGAUUAUCCGCAAGACAGGAAAAGGCCCGGAGUGGAUUUUUCCUAGUCACACUUACCUUGGGCCCUUCAAAGCGUUACGGGAGAGACUCCCCGGACGGAGAAUCAUUUCGAUUUUUAGUCCAACACUGUGGAAAGAUGGACUCGGAACGUUGAGAUAUUUCCUGCACUUCACUAGGCUUGGCAAGAAGAUCGCACAGAAGUUUUGGGCAAAUCUGCAUCUCGCGACGUUGAAUGAUUGUGGGAUGUUAAAUGAUGAGGCGACCAAAGCGUUGGAACCGGAGACUGGUCCUUUCUGGUACGGCACUGCAUCAGGAGUUUUGAGUUAUGAGAAAGACAUCUAUAACUUCCUCAAGAAUGGACAGGUGCGAAUUCACCGACAAGAUAUCUCGCAUCUCUCGGAGAGGACUAUCAACUUCAGCAGUGGAACCUCAAUCCAUGCAGAUGCUUUGGUCACCGCGACAGGCUUCUCCGCCAAGCCAACUCUUCAAUUCGUACCUGAAUCAACUCAUUCAGAUCUCGGUGUCCCCUCAAGGUCCUUAACUCAAGAUCAGCUCGACUUCUGGGGAAAACUAAAUCAACAAGCCGACGCCACGAUCAGCAAGAACUUCCCUCGCCUCCUCAUUGGGCCCCACAAAUCACCCAGCUCGAAUGUCCCCUUAUCAGUCAAACCCUACGACCCGAAUCUCUACCCAGAGCUGAACUACACGCCCUUUCGCCUCUACCGUGCGAUCGCACCACCGGGCCCGACGCAAGAAGGGGACAACUCACUCGUCUUCAUCAGCAUGUUCUCCAACCUAGCCAACACGGCACGCUGCGAGAUCCAAUGUCUCUGGGCCUAUGCAUACCUGAACGACAAGAUCGAACUCGACAGAUCCACCGUCUUUGAAGAAGCAGCUCUGACCAAUCGCUACGUGAGACAUCGCGCACCAUACGGGCAUGGUAGAUUCAUCCCAGAUCUGGUAUUUGAUCAACUGCCUUACUUCGAUACGCUGCUGAAUGACUUGAAGUUGCGCUUCUGGCGGAAGGGCAACUUGUUCUCUGAGAUCUUCGCCCCGUACACCGCCGUGGAUUACAAGAGCAUCAUACAGGAGUGGUUGGGAAAGAAUGAGAUAGUCACUUCGGCGGUCUCUGCAGCGGAACCCUCUUCUGAGACAACUCCUUUACUUGGUAGUAAAGUGUGA